AUGUUGUCAGGCAUUUUCCAUCCCUUUUUGGGAUUCCAAUCGUUGCCAGUCGAUUUACUUUUGAAGAAUUCUAAUGUUGGACAGCCUGGAAAAUCUGGAACUUUGGGUCCCCCAAUAUGCCAACAAGAAUGCGAGCCAGGCUCUUGGGGACUUGAUUGUGCUUCGCGUUGUAAUUGUUUUGGCUCGAUUCCUUGUGAUUUUGCUAGUGGAAUGUGUGCAGGGGGGUUGUGUUUUAUUGGCAAAAACUGUGCGGAGGAUAUCGAUGAAUGCUCCCUCCAUUUACAUAAAUGUUCGGCAAAUGCAACUUGUUCAAACACGCCUCCAGGCUCGUAUACUUGUACAUGCGCUCCAACAUUUAUUGGAAAUGGAUUUAAUUGCACACUGUUCGAUCCUUGUAAAAAAAGAUUUAACGAACAUUGCCAUAUUUAUGCUCAUUGUGAUUCCAGCAAUGAAGAGAUACCUGAAUGUAUUUGUAAUGAAGGUUUUCAUGGCGAUGGGAGAAAAUUAUGCACUCCUAAUGCCGAAACAUCAACAACCAGUAGUACAACAACAAAACUUACAACAACAACAUCACAAACAUCAACUAUAAUGGAAAUAACAUCAACAAAAACAUUAGAAACAACACAACAAACAACAAAAAUUAAAACAACAAAUACAAACAUUUUUGAAAAACAUUCUUUUCCAACAACAACAAAUGUUGUAGAAAGAGUUGGCAACAAUCAAGAAAGGGGGAAAAUAUUUAAAGAAGAAAAAAUCGGUAUGACCGAUAAAGAAUUGUUAGCAGCGGCAAAUGAAUCGGGAACCCUAAUCCUCGUUGUCUGUUCAAUUCUCGGCUCAACAUGGCUUGUUAUAGCUAUUGUAUUUUCAUUAAUUUAUUGCUUUAAAAGACAGCGUUUGCGGCAAGUUGAAUAUAAUGGGGGACCUCAAAUGCUUGGAUGGACGCCUAAAAGAGGAAUAAUAAAUAAUAAUACUUUAUCAACAUGUAAUAGAGGAAUUAAUAGAUUAAAUAGAUAUAAUAAUAAUAAUUUUGCUAUUACUAAAUUUGGAUAA